AUGACUGAUUUUAUUAAGAGUGCAGUUGAAGGGUUCUUCGAGGACUCGGUUGUUGGGUAUGGAGAAGAGUUUGCUGGGGCUCAUUUCCAACCCACAAAGGAUCCCUUUUAUGAGAAAAAAAAAGACCAACACGGUGAAAGUAAGGAAGUUAAGAGAAGGUUACCUGAUAAUAUUGGGUUUAGUAAGAGUGAUUCGAAGCAUUGGAAAGCGGUCCAGACUAGUGCGUGGGUCCACGAUAGGAGUAUCUGUGGAUGCUGUUGUUGGUCAGAUUUUAUUGGCUGGGCGCCAAUAGUGACGAUUCUUCCAAUUAUUGGCCCAUUGUGUAUGUACAGCGUACACAAGAACUUGAUCAAGCUAGCAGACAAGCAUUUUAACCUCCCUGGCGACUUGAAGGCUAAAAUGUAUGGGAAUAUUGGUCUUGACUUGGCUAUCGCAUUAGUGCCAAUUCUAGGGUCAAUUUUCGUUUGGUUGAAUGCCUGUUCAACUAGAAACGCUGCAAUGGUCUACAAUUAUAUCGUAAAAAGACAAACUGAAGAGUGCAAUCAUGAGAAGCUCGCAUCGUCCCAGAAACCUCAAACAGAACGUCAAAGACCUGUACAAAGGCCUACGGAAAAGCCGCAGCAGCAACCAUCGAGGUCACAACAACCACAACAGCGAUCUGCGCCUCCAAUCCCAAACCGACAACAACAACAGCAGCACUUUCUCGAUAGAGCUGUACCUCCCAUUCCUACCCAAGCUAUCAACAAUCAUGAACAGCCUGCGUACCCUCAGAACGCAUAUCACCAAGAUCACAUCAACGUGAGAACACAACGAUACCCACCACAAGAGACCCGAGAACCACCAUCCCAGAGGUUCCACCUAUGA